GCUCAGAGGCAUCUGGGCAGGAGGCAGUUUCUUGGUCUUCCCCAGCCUGGGCGUACGUAAAGCAGCCCUCCGCAACUGAAGCAUACCCGAGACGAUGCGCCUCCUCCGAUGGGACAUCAUCACAUCAGUGCCCUCGAUUUUUGUUUGUCUUGCACAAGGCGCCGCGGCGUCCAACACGAAUCCGCUUGCAGCCGUACCCACGCAGGAGCUGGACAUCCCCAGUAGAGAUGUGGGCACACAUGAUGAAUGCGCCGAGGCAGAGUCCGACAAAGACAGCACAUGCUUCCUCAGCGCAUCGCACUUGUAUAGCAAGAGAAGGGCCAGCCGCGUGCUUGGCGUGGACCUGUCCGAAUCGACCGCGCGCGAGCCCAGCGAAAGAGCAUGGGUAACUCUGCUGGUUGGCAAUAGUGCCAACAGCACCGCUGCAGUGGAAAUGCAGAUACUCUCCGUGCAGCGUUUCUCGUCGUAUCCUCACAUCACCAUGGUCACCCCAGACGUUAACGACGAGAGCCUCGCAAGACUGCGGGAGAUGGGCAGCGUGGUCGUGCCCGUUGGCUAUGUCACGGAUUCCCUGGGCGCCACCCUCAUAUUGGUCGGGGGUCUUCAGCAAGGUGCACAUGUUCAACUUGACCCAGCAUGCAAAACAAGUGGCGUAUGUGGACACUGAUGCGUUUCUCGUAGACAGAGGAGCUGACAACGUAUUCUCUGCAUGCGCGGCAGAGCUGUGUGCUGCGAGGGAUGCGUACGAAGGGGGGGACAUCCAAGCAGCCAUGAUUAAUGUCGGCGUGCUCGUGGCAAAGACCAGCAAGGACCGCUUCCACGACUUAUUGCUUGCCGCUCCAACAGUCAAGCCGUCUCGAUUCCCCGAGCAGCUGUUUUUCAGCACGUAUUUCAAUGUAUCCCGUUCUGCGGUGCAGGACGGUACGUUUCAAGCUUUGCCUGGGAUCUACAACCCUUGCAAUGGCGAUAUGGACUUGGUGAACAAGUCGUUGAUUUUCCACGCAUGCGGAGAUAUGAAGUUCGAAAUGCUGCCACUAUGUUCGUGGGCGGUUCCUGCAAGUCGACAAGCGGAUUUCUGUAACAACCGUAUUGUCGCGAAGUUUCAAGAAUUGCUCGUGGCGUCAAACUCUUGUGCCAUGGCGGGGCAACACGCCUCGGCCUGUGAUGCGAACCCUGAAUGCCAAUGGUGUGGGGAUAUGGUCCGUUGCAGGUCCAGGGCCAGAUCUUGUAUGCUUGAAACCCCAGGCACAGCGGCAAUGUCCACCCGAUUAAGAUUAAAGAGUAGAGGGUGGGCAUGGGUCAACAAGUUGUUGCAUGAACUGACAGAAAAGCCCGACAACGUGUCUAUGGUGUCUUCAAUUUCUCUUGAACCGUCAGUGAUGGCAUCGGUAACUGUGCUCACUUGCAACCGGAACGCGUUUUUACAGAAUGCAUUGGAGCAGAUCGUUUCGCAGGAUUACCCGUCACUUGAAGUUGUUGUUGUAGACGAUGGUUCCGAGUCAAUCGCAUCAACGUUGCAACCCAGGUUGCAGAGGCUCCGCAACCAUAUUUUCUCGUGGAAGGGCUUGGAAGUGCAGCUGAUUCGCUUACAGGAGCCAGCAUCCCUCGGCGAGAAAAGAAACAUUGCCCUGCAAGCAGCAAGGGGAGGAGUCAUAGUGCAUUGGGACGAUGACGACAUGUACCCGCCUUGGCGCAUACGUGCGCAGGUGGAGCCUAUCAUGUCAGGGCGGGCUCAGAUGACAGCUCUGCCGCAUUCCUAUUUUGUGCAAUUGCCGAAUGCCACGUUCUUCAAGUAUGAGAUGGUCACUGAUGAGGGCUACAAGAAGGUAAGAGCGGUGUUUCUUGGCUCGCUGGUGUACCAGCGGGAAAUGGCGCUGAAGGUAGGCGGAUUUGCGAAUGUCAGUGCAGCAGAGGACUACGAGUUCAGCGAACGUGCUUUGCUGUCUUGCCGCAGUCUCCUCGUUGUUGACGAGCCUUCUAUAUACGUCCGUCAUGGCGGCGGUGCGCAUAACAGUUGGCAGUGGGACCGGACGGCGGCGGAUAUCAAAAUGGCUUUUGGGCGAUCACCCGCACCAGGUUGAUCCUCCAGGCUUUCUCUCUGCUAAGAUGUUGGCGAAGUCAGUUUCGGCGGAGGCAGAGGCUGGCAAGUUCAAGAAGUGCGCGCUAAAGAAUAAUGUCAGGCUCCCAGUCAAAAUGACAAGCUGGCCUUUGAUGCCGACGCUCUGUUGCAGCUCGGUGAGUGAUCCGCGGUGUGCAUCUACUGCAAACGCAUACAGCCUUAUAGAUGGUAUUGAAGAUGGCCCUGUAGAUGGUACCACAGAUAGACCUGUGGAUGGCAUUAAAGUAGUCCCUGUCGAUCGCCCGUGGAUGGGCCUUUUAGAUGGCAUUGACGGUGUCCCUGUAGAUGGUACCACAGAUAGCCCUGUAGAUGGCGUCAGGUUCUUCCCUGUGGAUGGUGUUCGGUCCUUUCCUUUAGAUGGCAUCAGAGCUGCGCCUAUAGAUGGCAUGAGAGAUAUGCAUGUAGAUGGCAUCGGAGAUAGACCUGUAGAUGGCAUCACAGAUAGCCCUGUAGAUGGCGUCAGGUUCUUCCCUGUGGAUGGUGUUCGGUCCUUUCCUUUAGAUGGCAUCAGAGCUGCGCCUAUAGAUGGCAUCAGAGAUAUGCACGUAGAUGGCAUCGGAGAUGGACCUGUAGAUGGCAUCACAGAUAGCCCUGCAGAUGGCGUCAGGUUCUUCCCUGUAGAUGGCAUCAGAGAUAGCCCUGCAGAUGGCAUCAGAGAUACGCCUGUAGAUGGCAUCGGAGAUAGCCCUGUAGAUGGCGCUCGGCCAUUAUAAGCCAUCCUGUUGUGUUGGGUCCUCAUUUUGAAGAUAGCGGUCACGCACUCCUUCAUUCCUUCUUCCUCCCAACGGCGGUACUCACAACUGCAUAUUAUUGGGCUUUUCGCCAAGAGAAUACAGUGCAGAUGGCAUCAGAGAUGCGCCUGUAGAUGGCCUCAGAGAUUAAUUUGUAGAUGGCAUGAGAAAUCGCCCUGCAGACGGUAUCCGAUUCUUCCUUGUAGAUGACAUCAGGGAUUGCACUGCAGAUGGCAUCAAGGAUACGCCUGUAGAUGGCAUCAGAUGCCCGCCAGCAGAUGGCGUCCUUCUACCCCUGUAGAUGACAACAGCGAUGUGCCUGUAGAUGGCGUCAGGUUGUUCCUUGUAGAUGGCAUCACUGAUGGCCCUGUAGAUGAUGCCGGGUUCUUCCUUGUAGAUGGCAGUAGAGAUAGCCCUGUAGAUGGCAUCUGAGUGCGCUGCCACUCCAGCAGGGGCUGUCAUUAUCCGUUCAUAAGUCAUGUUUUAAGGACCGCCUCUGUGGCAUGCCACACGGUGCCACACAUGCACACGGAGAGUAUUCUGAAACGGAACAUGCGUUGUGCGUUGAGUGAUGUGUGUUCAAGUGAAUUCAGGUGUAACUAAAGUGAUUGCGACUGCGGCAUCAUAGUCACGAGGCCGUGGGCUUCAGGAGCUCUGAGGACGGAGACGUGGCGGCAUGGUGGAACGAGGCUGCGCCUAGGCGCCAGAGCACCAGUGUACGUACCGUCGUCGUUUUUUCUUGGACUGGCCAUGCUUUGUGCGUGCGCUUUGCGCGCAGGCUGACGGGCGGCCUGGACGCCCCGGUGUCCGGUCGCUGCCCGGACUAGCACGGUGCAGCGUGAUGACAGCCCGCAGUUGGGGCGCGUUUGACGCAAA